AUGUGGUUCAAGCCUAUAUUCAUAUUUAUUGGCCUAAUUUGGUACAGUCUCUUUGGAUCCGCAGCUCCUCCACCGGAGAAAGAUUAUAAAUCUCUUUUCCACACCAAUAUUUUUGAAGCGUUUACACCGUUACCAGAAUAUCCCAAAAAUGUAACCCGUAAUUAUACAUUUGAACUGUUAAAUGUUUACUUAGCUCCUGAUGGCUUCACUCGUCCGGUAUGGUCGGUGAAUGGGCAAUACCCCGGUCCGAUGAUCCGUGCAAACUUUG